GUCUGAGUUAAAUGCUCAUUUACCAUCUAUUUACAUCUUGUGAAGCAACUAUCGUACUUUUAUUUUAUAUUUCUUUCUUUCGGUUAUGCUUUCUUCUGUUGAUAACCCAUUUCGGUAGUUACAUGUUAAACAUUAUAGGGUAUGUCAAAAAGACGUCGUCACGGUUCGUCCGGUGACGACAUAGACGGUGAACCAAUUCCAUCAGAUCCAGAGGAAUUCAAAAGCGAGUCGGCACUGAAGCGGCACAAAACCAAAGACGAUCAUGCUAGGAAUGGAGAUAAGAAAAGUGAGAAGAAGAUGGAGAAGAAAAUUGUCGAAAAGAAAAGAAGGGGACGCAGCUCGUCAAAGAGCAGAUCAUCAAGUUCAUCGCGCUCUGCCUCGCGUAGCUCCAAUUCUGAAGCUUCGCCAAAGGCUCUUCCGUCAAAGUCCAAGGGCCGUGCAGAGGAAGGAAAGAGACGAAAGGAAUCGACUGAGCCGGCUGAGAAGCGUCGUGCACCUUCUGAUGUGAAGAAGCCAAGAAAAGCUUCUGAAUCUCCUCCACCAAGGCAGAGGUCCCCGCAACCAGCAAAGGAUUCAAAGCCAACUUCUAGAUCGAGGAAGGAUGAGCAGGCCAGGUCCAGAGAUCCCAAAGAAUCUGAGUCAGCCCGUUCAAGAAGCAAAAGGAGCCGUUCGCGUUCCGAAAGCCCUAACAACAAAAAAGGACGAGAAGAAACAAAGGAGAAACUGGAGGCAACAAAACAAAGAACGAGUAAAGGACAACGUUCACCAUCACCUUCCGAGAGACGAUCUCGUUCCCCAGAGAAGCAGUCGUCGAAAUCAGUGAAGCCAAAGAAGGGUGCGGAAGAGUCGCGCUCGAAAGAUACGGUUGAACCUUCUUCAAGAGAUGCGCGGAAAAGUGAUCGUAAGGAAAAACCCGAGCGUGACGUAUCCAGUGGCUCCGAGAAGGAUGAAGCAAGAGCAGAAGAUGAAAAGAAAGCGAAAAAGAGGCACAAGAAGAAGAAGUCCAAGGAGUCCAAAAAGAAGCACACACAUUCUUCGUCCGAGGGUGAAGAAUCUGAUGAAGAUGCUCAUAAGAAGAAGAAGGCAAAGAAAGCGAAAAAGAAGAAGAAGCAUGGUGAUAAGCACAAGAAGAAACAUCAUGGAUCGGAAAGUAGCGCGGCUUCAGACCAUGAAUCUCAUGCUAGUGAAGAAGAACCUAAAGAGAAAGAGGCAAAGAAAGCGUCAGAAACGAAGAGAGAUGAUCGCGGAAGGGAACGAUCUCCAGAAGAAAAGACCCGCGAAAAACCGAGGGAAGGAGAUAAAUCGCAGAAAAGCAGAAAUUCUGACGAGCCUGUGAAAAAGUACGUUGAAAAGGAACGUCGUGAAAGAGAAAACGAGAAAGUAGAGAAGCGCAAAGCACAGGAUAGUCCACCUGCAGAGGAUCGUGGUGCUCGUCGGAAAAGGCAGGAUUCUGUGGCGGAGAAAUCACCUACACCGGAAAGGAGAAGGUCGCAGACUGAAGAAAAGAGAGCUGGAGGUGAAAAACCUGUAGAUGUGUCUCGUAAGGAAAGGAGUAAAUCUCCCCCGAGAAGAGGACGAAGUAGAUCACCGAGAAAAGAGAGGAGCAGGUCACCUGCUCGACGGGAAAGAAGCAGAUCUCCAGGAGAGCCCGAGAGAAGAAGGGAAAGGUCGAGAGACAGAAGUAGGAGCCGUGAGAGAAGAAGGAGUCCGCUCAGACCACCAGUUCGCUAUGAGCGAUGGCGCCGAGAAACUUACCUCGACAACCGUCGUUGGGAUGACCGAAGGAGAUGGGAGGACCAACGUCGACGUCGAGACGAUUCUCGUGACCGACGUAGAAGGGAUGAUUCGCGAGAUCGCAAGCGACGUGAUACUUCGCGUGACAGACGAAAGAGAAGUCGCUCCAAGGAACGAGAGGAGAGCCCGAAGAUGUGGCCGAAGAAGGUGAAGAAGGAAGUGAGUUCGUCUGAGGAAUCCGGAGGUGAAGAAAAAACCAGCUCAUCAGAAGAACAAAAGAGAGCAGCUUCACCAUCUUCGAAAAAGAGGACAUCUCCUGACCCAAAAAGAUCGCGCAAGGAACCUUCGCCUAGACGACAUAGAAAUACCGAUGAACGAGACAGUAGAAAUCGUAGAAGAUCCAAGUCAAGAUCGCCAUCUCGUGAAAGGAAAGAAAGGUGCAGAAGAUCUCCACAGGGUGGUGGUAGAAACGAUGUCAGCGGUCCUGAUUCGAAGAAAGAAAGAGAUCGAAGAGGCAAUGGUGAUGACCGAAGCCGAGAGAUUAAGAAGGAGCCAUCGGAUACGCAUCAGUCUACGGAGAGGGACACGUCCGGAAAGAACUAUGGAUUAGAAAAAAGGCCAAAGCGCGAAGUAGUAGAUGAGGAUGAACGUCAUGGUACUGAUGCGGCUUCUAAAGAACACUGGAAGAAAUCGGCUGAAGCAUGGGGUCUGGAUAAGAAGGAUGAACCCCCGCCGAAAGAAAAGGAAAAGGUCAACCUUGGAGUGAGUGGGAAAUUGGCAGAGGACACCAACAUGUAUCGUGGAGUUCUGAUUAAAUAUAACGAGCCACCGGAAGCUAAGAAACCAACUCUAAGAUGGCGACUGUAUCCAUUCAAAGGCGAAGAGUCAUUACCAGUACUGCACAUUCAUCGUCAAUCCGCGUAUCUGAUUGGAAGAGACAGGAAAAUAGCUGAUUUGCCCAUAGAUCAUCCAAGUUGUAGCAAACAACAUGCUGUUCUGCAAUACAGAUCUGUUCCUUUUGAAAAAGCGGAUGGGACGAAAGCACGACGGGUAUUGCCGUACAUCAUUGAUUUGGGCAGCUCAAAUGGAACAUUCCUAAACGGUUCUAAAAUUGAGCCACAAAGAUAUAUCGAGCUGAAGGAGAAGGAUGUGCUAAAGUUUGGGUUUUCAAGUCGCGAGUUUGUCGUCCUUAAUGAAAAGUCAGCUGGUGAUGAAAAUGCAUCUGAUCCUGAGCCUAUGUCGCCGAAAUCAGAGUAAAGCUGUAGGUUUGUGAACA